UGCUGAUGUACAUGGUUUUAUAAUGUUUUUAAUCGCAGUAAUAAUCUAUAUAUUCUUGUGUUUAAACGUGUCUGACUUAAAUAAACAAAGAAUAAUCAAAACAACUAGCGGCCCCGUUAGAGGUCGCUUACAACAAUAUGAUGAUAUUUCGUACUAUUCCUACGAAGGAAUACCUUACGCAGAAAAUCCUACAGGAUCCCUUAGAUUUCGGCCCCCGGUCCCGAGGGAGCCAUGGACCGAUGUGUUUAAUGCAACUCAAAGACCACCCGUAUGUCCGCAAAUAACCUUGAAAUAUAAAAAAUACGAAAUGAGUGAAGAUUGUUUACGCCUUAAUAUUUUCGUGCCGGCAUUCCGCACUGAUGAAAUAUUAUCAGUACUAGUGUUCGUACAUGGAGGUGCAUUCCACUUAAUCUCUGGAAACACUGAUUUAAUAUACGGGCCUGAGCUUUUGAUGAAAAGGGGCAUUAUCUUUGUUACUAUGAACUACAGGUUGGGAAUUUUAGGAUUUAUGUCCCUUGAUAUCGAAGAUGCUUCCGGUAACGCGGGUCUGAAAGAUAUUCUACUGGCGUUGAAAUGGAUAAAAGCAAACAUCGAAAGUUUUGGAGGUAGCAGCGAUAACAUUACAAUAGGCGGCAACAGUUCCGGUGCUUCUGUAGUCAAUUACUUAUUAAUGGUAAAUCAAUCGGUUGGUUUAUUUCAUAAAGCAAUAUUGUUCAGUGGUAGUGCUUUAAGUUAUAGAGUUCUAGCGAAACACCCAGUAGAAAAUGCACUAAAAGUGGCCAAGAUCGUCUGCCCUGAUGAUCAAGACAAAGAGUCAAUACUCAAAUGUCUAAGACGAGCUGACGUAUUCGACAUAGUGGAUUCCUACGAUCUAAUGAGGAAUGGGGAUAUGAAUCCUCUAAGACCGUAUACACCAUUUUUACCAAUUGUAGAAAAAGAGUUUUCACAUGCGAUUCUAACUAAAACUCCAAUAGAAAUUUUACGAGCCCAAGAGUUACAAAAUGUGCCUGUUUUAGCAGGAUUCAACGGCAAUGAAGGAAUUUACAUGGCAUCAGGAUAUUUAAGGUAUCCUGACAUUGUGUUAAAAAUUUUAAGAAAAAAUAUUGAAUUGGUUAUACCAUCCAAUAUUGAAUAUCCCCUAGGUUCUGAAAAAUCAAUGGCAUUGGCAAAAUCUAUUGUUAAAUUUUAUUUUGACGAUGAGAAUUUUUCAAAUUGGACAUUAAACAAUGCUUUCGACUUAAUAUCCGACACACAUUACGUCCACGGUGUUGACUUGUGGAUAAACAUGCACAAAGAAAGAAAAGACAGCAAUAAUGUUUACUAUUAUUUCUUUGAUUUUGACGGAGCUUUGAAUUGGUUCAAAACAUAUUACAAUAUAACUUUUCCUGGAACAAGCCAUGCCGACGAUUUGGGAUAUGUAUUUAGUACAAAUGCAACAAAACCAAAACUAAAGUCGGCUGACAAAAGGAGCUUGGAAGCAUUAAAUGUUAUGCUAACUGUGGUGUCCAACUUCGUUAAAUUCGGGAACCCUACACCGAAAAACUCUACGGAAUUUAUAUGGCCAGAAUAUGGAGCUGAUAGAAAAAUGCUACUUUUAAACGACAAACCAUGUGUUAUUAAAAUGGAUCCGGUAAUUCGAAGAAGGAUAGACUUUUGGAACGACAUUUAUGAUGAGUACCACGAUUAUAUUGCCAAUGGCGGUGUAAUAGAAUAUAAAAUAACACCCUAAAAAGAAUUUA